UGACUUUUUCCAAGUAGGCCUUUUUUUCACCUUGGGUAAUGGCUUCAUCUCCCCCUAUUGUCCAAAAGAUAAAAUCAAACACUCUAGAACCAGCGAGGCACUGUGUUUCUGUUGUCUGUAAGCUGGCAUGAGGCAGACAGCAAGUGUCGGGAGUUUUAUUCACUCUGUUCUCUGUGUGUUGAAACAGGAAAAGCCUUUUCACCUGGCUGCCUUUGAAGAAGUACUCAGACUGCCAUGGCCUCUAAAGAUUCACAGAAUCAAAAGCCUGGAGGUCUGCCUGGUUUUCUUCCUGAAGUCAUAAAUCCAGAUCAACACUCUCGAGCAGCUUCUUCCCAUCCCAGGAAACAAGCAAGGCAGCAGUCGGAUGCCCCUCAGCCAAGCAGUUUCCUGCCAACAACCAGUCUUCCCCCUGGGCUAGAAUAUUUAAGCCAGUUGGACCUGAUAAUCAUCCAUCAGCAGGUGGAACUUCUCGGGAUGAUACUCGGCACUGAGACUUCCAACAAAUAUGAGAUCAAAAACGGCUUGGGACAAAGAAUUUACUUUGCAGUGGAGGAAAGCAUCUGUUUUAACCGCAAUGUGUGUUCCACACUGAGAGCCUGCACCCUGAGGAUCACAGACAACUCGGGUCGAGAGGUGAUUACAGUGAACAGGCCCCUAAGGUGUAACAGCUGCUGGUGCCCUUGCUACCUACAAGAGCUAGAAAUCCAAGCCCCUCCUGGUACUAUAGUUGGUUAUGUUUCACAGAAGUGGGACCCCUUUCAACCCAAAUUCACAAUCCAAAAUGCAAACAAGGAAGAUAUUUUGAAAAUUGUUGGUCCUUGUGCAACCUGUGGCUGUUUUGGUGAUGUGGACUUCGAGGUGAAAACUGUGGACGAAAAGCUUACGAUUGGGAAGAUUUCCAAGUACUGGUCUGGAUUUGUCAAUAAUGUGUUCACAAAUGCUGACAACUUUGGGAUACAUGUUCCUGCAGAUCUCGAUGUGACACUCAAAGCAGCAAUGAUUGGCGCUUGCUUUCUCUUUGUAAGUUUGGUCUAAGCUGCAUGGAUGGAUUUUGUCCUUACAUACCAGAACUGUAUAGUGCUAAUUCUCCUCCAUACAAUCUUGACCUACAGAACACGCUUUACACAAAGAAGGCAGUUUAAGAUAGGGUCAUCGUCCUUUGGAAAUCAGAAUUUAGAGGUUUAUAUUUCACUACGGCUGAU